UUUUCUCUGAUAAUCUCUCAAGCCGGUUAAUCCACGCCGGGGCGGUCGCUCGGGAGACAGACGGACAGACAGAGAGAGAGAGAGAGAGAGAGAGAGAGAGAGAGAGAGAGAGAGCGAGAGCGCGAUGAGUGCGGCGACGGCGACGGCCGUGGCGAUGGCCCUGGCGGUGGCGGUGGCGCUGGGAAUGGUGGCGACGUCGGCGGAGGCCGGGGACAACAACCGGGUGUUCCAGCCGUGCGCGGACACCAAGAUCCAGAGGGGUGACGGCUUCACGUUCGGCAUCGCCUUCUCGACCCGGGAUUCCUUCUUCUUUAACCAGAUCCAGCUCUCCCCCUGCGACCGCCGCCUCUCCCUCGCCUCCAGCGCGAACUCCCAGCUCGCCCUCUUCCGCCCCAAGGUCGACGAGAUCUCCCUCCUCACCAUCAACACCACCACCUACCCCGCCGUAACUAAUGGUGGAUUCAUGGUAGCAUUUGCUGGUAGGAAGUAUGCAGCAAGAUCCCUUCCAGCAUUCAUUGGUAACAGUUCAUAUACUGUUACCAGCUUUACACUGGUACUUGAGUUUCAUAAAGGCACACUUCAGAACUUGUAUUGGAAGAGAGAUGGUUGUGCUUCAUGUUCAGGGAAGUCAAACUUUGUCUGUCUGAACAAACAAGAGUGUGCAAUCAAAACGUCCAACUGCAAGAACGCGAACCAGGGUGGCUCGGUUGAUUGCAGCAUUGGAAUACAGUUGGCCUUCUCAGGUACUGAUAAGCAUGAUGCUGUCCUCAAUUCAUGGUACGAGGUUUCCAACCUCCAGCAAUACUCCCUCUAUGGACUGUAUUCCAACCUUAGAGAUUCUCUCACCAGCCAGUACGACAAAAUCUUCUAGCCUGUCGAAUCGAGUUACCAAACUCCUGACUGGCACUGCUGUCAUAUUUUUCCUUUAUCAUGUCUCAUAUUACCUUAUAUAUUCUGCUUUGUAUUGGAAGUUGCUGUAAAGUUGCUUGAACCUUGGAGUGAAGACUGUCCUUUCCUGUAAUCCACAUGUAUUAGCUGGUUCUUGACCAUAUGCAUUUUAUUUGCUAUUGUAAGUUCCAUGUAUCAUUUUCUAUUUCUUUUUGGAAUCUCAAACAUCUGGAUUAUUUUAUUCUUUUCCUUCUGAGGGUGGUGGUUGUACCUGAGGGUCA